UGCUAGCAACAUCAUGAAAAUGUCACUAACAUGAUGCUAGAGUUUUUGGCAUGUUGCUAGCACGAUGGUUAGCUGAUUAGCAUAUUGUUAGCAUUAUGUUAUAACUUGCCACAGCAAGCACCACUCACAUUUUCUUUGGGAAAUGUAUCUCUCUAGUUAUAGGUAAUAUCGGUUGUUAUUUGUAUCAACCUGCAUACAUUGUUUUGAGUUUACAGACAUAUUUAAAUGAGCUGGAAUCUUAUAUACUGUCACUUUGUUGUUGCUCUUGUUUGCACAUUUGCUCGUGCACUUUAUGUUGUCUAUAAAAAUUUUAUACUUAGCUAGUUAGUUUUUGUUAAUUUAUGUUGUAAUUUAUGUUAGGUCUCUCUGUCCUGUCUCUGCUAGCCAGCUAACUAGGCCUCUUGGUUAGCUAGUUUAGUGUCUCUGUUAAUUUAUGUUGUAAAUUUAUGUUGCAUGUAGCACCUUGGUCCUGGAGGAACGUUGUUUUGUUUCACUGUGUACUAACUGUAUAGGGUUGUAAUGACAAUAAAGCCUACUUGAACUUGAUAUACCACCAGAAUAUAAACCACUGUGACACCUUAACAAGAAAACAGACAAACAAACUAAAAUCUAAGUACAUUGCAAAACAAGACAUGGACAAUGUUUAGGCGCAAGACAAUCAGGGGCAAAUCUGAAAAAAAUAACAUGUCAUGAGUGACAUGUCACACAAAACCAAAGUCAGAAGGAUUGCUGGACAGUCAUGAAAAAAUUGCACUCAUUAGGCCCGUUCUUGGAGCUUUGAGUGGAAGGCCACCCCAUUGGACUCUACCUGAAGCUGUUCAAGAUAGGCUGCCCUGUCAGCCUCUACGUGACAUUCUUAUAAUCAUCCUAAUAGAUCUGGAUAUUAUAUCCAGUUUUGGACUUUUCCUUAAUUUAACAUGUUUCCCCGUGUGAUGGCCAUGUAUUGGGCCACACAAAACUUUUACAGACUAUUUGCCACUGAUCAAUGAAAAUAAACACAUUGUUGUAUUGGUUUGGCCUGUUAACUUUAUUUGUCAUUUUUUACAGUGCACAGGCUUGGUUUUCUGGCUUAAGGCGGUAAUUUUAAAACUUGUUAAAUAUUGUGGAUUAAAAAGAUAGCUAAAACUGAGCAAACAAUUUCUGGUUAAAUGUAAAAUAUAAAUGUAAAAUAGAGUUUAGACAAUGAAAUGUAUCUGCUAUGUUAAGUGUGUUCAAGCCAGACUGGCAACAAAGGGGUUCAAACAGGAAGUUGAAUUAUUAUAUUAGACCUUUAAAGCCAGUUGAAAUGUACAUAGUGCUUAUCAAGAGAAAACAUUGUUAACUGUGAUGUCAUGUUCCAUGUAAUUUUUCUCUAGCACAAGUUUAUUUACAUUAACCAAGGUUAUCCAUGGCUCUAAUUCUAGUUAAAUGUUAGGUUUAAUUCCAGGAGUUUUGUGGUUUAUGUCUAUCUUAUUUUUUUACUUCCCUUUUUCUGCUAAAAUGGUACUGACCACAGCCUUUAUAUUCAGCAUAUGUCUUGUCUGGAAUGCAAUUUAUUUAUUUAUAUUUGUUAUUCCUUGGUGAUACUGCUGGUGCUGGUGAAGCAUGUGGUAGAGUUUGUGCUCUGUGAAUCUGAGAGGCUGUGUUAUAUGAAUUUUUCCUCUUCAAUUGUGUCCAUAUAGAGAAAACAGUAUUUUGUUAAAUAUUUAGAUUUUUUUUUUACAUUUUGUCAUCCCAGUAGAUGUCUGAAGUCACCCCUUUUUCAUUUUGUAAUAAAGUACCAUUAAAGACUGUCAAAGUUUCACUCUGACGUUUGAUGGUUAUUGACCCAUUUUUCUUGUUGGUGUGCUUUUGCUAGUUAAACAGGGCAGAUCUAUCCCACCCCCUAGGGUAAUUCUCUAGCUGGAGAUAUGUGUGGAAGGGUGCACCAUCAGGUUGCCACUGUUGGGCUUUCGAGCACGACCCUUAAUACCCAAUGACCAAGAUGUAUGAUUAGAUAAAAUUAUUUGAACAGAAGAACGAGACAUGGUAUCACGGUUUUUAUCGUGGUCAGGCUUAGGAAAAUCAAGACCAAGCCCCCCACCUAAAGAACUUGACAAAGAAUGGAGGGUAGUAAACUGGGGUGGGAAAGAUGAAAUUGAAGCGGGUUUGAGAGAAAUUCAAGUAAAUCAUCCAGAUAUCACCCAUCUCAGAAUCCUUGUUUAUGGAGCAGUUGGAGCUGGAAAAUCCAGCUUUAUCAACUCAGCCGACAGCGCGUUUGAGCACCGUGUAAAAACCAAAGCUGGAGCAGCAUCAAAAUCAACCAAGAGUCACACAACAAAAUACAAGAGCUACAAAAUCACUAGCACCUUACCAUUUAUCUUUAAUGAUGUUAUGGGGCUACAAGAUGAGGGGAAAAAUGGAAUUCACUCUGAUGACAUCAUUAAUGCGAUGCUGGGCCAUGUGAGAGAAAACUACGAGUUUAAUCCUGUGAGUCCUAUAAAAGAGGAUAAUCCGAAGUACAAUAGCAGCCCCACUCUGAACGAUAAAGCUCAUUGUGUUGUCAGUGUUCUGUCAGCACAAACUCUUCCUGUCAUUUAUGAGGCAGCAUUCGAAAAAAUUAAACAUGUUUGGAAAAUGGCCAGUGACCUCGAUAUCCCUCAUGUGCUUCUUUUGACGCAUAUUGAUGAGUGUUGUCCACUCGUUAAGGAAAACUUGAGAAAUGUCUACAUCAGCAGGAAAAUUAGAGAAAAGAUGGUGGAAUGCAGUCAUAAAACUGGAAUCCCCAUGACCUGCAUCUUUCCUGUAAAGAACUACCAUGAAGAGACAGACACCGAUAAUGACAUUGACAUUUUGGUUCUUUUGGCUCUGAGGCAAAUCUUCAACUUUGCUAAUGAUUAUGUGAAAGACCUCUAACUCUUACUCUUUCUCGACUUUAAAGCUGGCUUGCUUCGUAACUAAAUAUGAAUUUUCAUUUAACUCAUUACCAGCUAAUAAGUGAAUGUUUAUCCUAGAUACUGUAGGAUGUUUCUGCUUCCAGUUUGGGUCCAAAUGUUUGAAUUAAAUGGGUGAAGUAGUUUUAAGUAAUUUAUUUAUUUAUUCAUGUAGAAAUCAGAAAAAAAAUCCAAAUUAGAGUUAAAAUUUCAAAACCGCUAAUACUGUAGGUCAGGAAAGCUACUGUCAUGAUCACUGCAUGAGGAGGCGGACGCAAACGCAGGGUGAACGCACAAGUCUUUAAUUAGGUGUAAACAAUGUUAAAGCAAACAAACACGAAACAAA